CUGUCGGAACUUAACAGUGUGACAUCCAGCGGAAGUAAACAAUACAAGCGCUAGUAGCGUUAGCUGCAUACAUGUAUAGAACUAGCUGCACGACGAUAUUGUUGUCGUAACGCAGAGAAUUAUUUCAUUUGCAAUUAAGCAACAAUGUCUUCUGUUGAGUGUUUGAGAGAGUUUGUCAACGAGCGACUAACUGCUGCUGCUCAAGAAAUAUUCGGAGUUUUUAAAAAAACUAUCGUCGGGUACGAGGAAGAGAUCGAUCGUCAGCGCAGACUGCUGGAUAUCUUUUGGAAACCUGAAAUAAAGUUACACAGGAUAGAGCUCCCACAGCAACAUGUCUGUACGGAGGAGGUGGUUCUGGCUGACCAGCAGCUCUGUAUUCAGGAGAGGAACUCCAGUCUGGACCAAGAGGACCCAGAGCCUCCACAGAUUAAAGAGGAACAGGAGGAACUCUGCACCAGUCAGGAGGGAGAGCAGCUUGUACUGAAGCAGGAGACUGAUGCCUUUAUGUUGACUCCUACUGAUGAGGAAAGUGACCACAGUGAACCAGAACCAAACAGGGACCAGCAGCUCCUCUCUCACAACUCUCAUGUAGCUGAGAGCCAAGAUCAGAAAGGAGGCAAGCAUGGAGACAGUAACAAUGUAUACAACUCUACCAUGUCAGAGAUUCAUAAUAAUCCUCACACAGGUAAAAAGUCUUUAAAAUGUGACACAUGUGGAAAAGCUUUUAAGUAUAAGUCAAAAUUGCAUACACACCUGAGAACCCACACAGGUGAGAAGCCGUACAUUUGCAAGACCUGCGGGACAAAAUUCUAUGACAUUUCAGGAUUGAAAACACAUAUGCGAAUCCACACAGGUAAGAAGCCGUAUACUUGCAAAACAUGUGGAAAAUCUUACAGACAUAGUGGUGAUUUGACAGUCCACCUGAGAACCCACACAGGUGAAAAGCCGUAUUCUUGCAAUACAUGUGGGAAAGAUUUCAGAGCUAGUAAUGUGUUCAAAGUCCAUAUGAGAACCCACACAGGUGAGAAGCCAUACCUUUGCAAGACUUGCGGGAAAAGAUUCAUCGACAUGUCAAAAUUGAAAAGGCACAUAAGAAUCCACACAGGUGAGAAGCCAUAUAGUUGCAAAAUAUGCGGAAGAUCUUAUAGACAGAAUGGUGAUUUGACAGUCCACAUGAGAACCCACACAGGUGAGAAGCCGUACCUUUGUAAGAUCUGUGGGAAAAGAUAUGUUGAUGCGUCUGCCUUGUCAAAGCACAGAAGAUUGCAUACGGGGAAGUAGCCUUGCAUUUUUAAAUAUGUGGGAGACAGUUCAAGUGGUUUGUGGUCAACACACACAAGAACUCACAGAGGUGAGGAGCCACAUAAUUGCAGCACUUGUGGGAAAAACGUUUUACUUAAAUCACAUACUUGAAAACACACCUGAGGAUCUUAUCUGAUCAAUAUCAAGAGAAACCAUCAGGCUGAAGCUCCUGUGGAGACGUGUUCACCUGCUGAAUGAAAUACACUUUUGCAACAGCUACAUCUCUGUAACUGAAUGUAAAGUGUUUUCCAUAAGAUGAGAUGUCACUUUCUUAGUGUAAGGUUCACCUUCAUAUGACUGUAUUAGUUAAAUUUCUGUUAGCAACAGUAUUUCUUUAAAAAUAAUCGUAAUCUCCCUAAUGGAGGAAAACUGUUAGUUUCACAGUGAGUGCGCAGUAGUGGCUGUUAAAGUAAUGGUGUGAUCUCGAUGGCUGUUUGUUUUGCCAAAUGUCUAUUUAUGAAACAUCUCAGCAUCAAUUUAGUUUAAAGUUCAAAGCUCAAGUUGUUUCAUAGCUCUAUAUGAAGCCUCGUACACAUCUUUGCAAGAAGUCAGAUUUUACAUUUGAGAAUGACUGACAUCAUUAUUUUAUAUUACCAUAUAAGAAGUCCUCUUAAAUGUGAACGUGGCUUCUUUUGCUAUUUCUAUACAUUACCUCACUUAUGUGUCUGAUAGUUGUUUUUGUAUGACAUAAGAUCCAUAUUUACUAUGCUUUUGUAUUCUUAUGAUGAUUCCACAUCAACAUUUAUACAUUUUUCUAUCUUUUAAAAGUUUGUGUAGCUUUGGUACCAUGUCUGUGUUUUUCACCUAAUUAAUUAAGCAUGUAUGGAUGGACCUGAAGGUUCCCCUGGUUAGCUCAGUGGUGGAAGAAGUAUUGAGAGCCUUUACUUAAGUAAAAGUGCUAAUACCACACUGUGAAAUACUCCACUACAAGCAAAAGCCCUGCAUUCAAAACCUUACUUAAGUAUGUAAGUAUUAUCAGCAAAAUGUACUUAAAGUAUCAAAAGUAAAAGUACUCAUUCUGCAGAAAAAUGGUCCCUGUCAGUGUUUUACUGUUAUAUCUGAUACUAUUAUAUCCUUCAGUUUAUCACAAACAUUCACAUGCAAAACCACCACAUUUGGAGAUACAUGGUUUUAACUGGACACGGAGGGUUUGAAAAAUUGUAAUCUGAAAAAUGACUAAAGCUGUCAGACAAAUGUAGUGGAGUAAAACCUACAAUAUUUGCCUCAGAGAUGUAGUGGAGUAGAAGUGGAAAGUAGCAUACAAUGGAAAUACUCAAGUAAAGUACAAGUACUUUGAAUAUGUACUUAAGUACAGUACUUGAGGAAACAUACUUAGUUACAUUCCAUCACUGGGUUCGCUGUAGGAAAGCCAGAAGAAGAACAUCUGGUAUCACUUAGAGGAUGUUUUUCCCACAAAAAAGAAUGUAGUGUACCCACUGUUACUGGACUCCAUACUAUACACCUCUGUGUGCCUUAUCUCAGGGCAGAUUCUGGGUGGUACUCUGGUUCUACUCGGUCUGAACAUGAGAGAAAAUAAACCAGCUUUAACUAAGAA